AUGAAUGAAAGAGAAUCUCGAACAUCUCAUAGGGCAUUUUCUUCUAAUCCUACUUCUGCUCCUUAGAAUGCAUAUGCUUCAGCACUCAAAGCUUUGUAAGAGAAAUUAAAGGGAGUUGAAGGAUUAAGAAAAUCCAUAGAAAUCCCUUCUGAUAAUUUAAUUGACUAAUUGAAAAAACAAAUAUAUGAUCUAUAAAAUGAGAAUGAAAGAUUAUAAUACUUAUUAAUGAAAAGUAAUCAAGAGAGUUAGAUGAAUUUUGUAGCAUCACAAUAAAUUGAAGUUUUAUAAGCUGAAAGAUUACAACAUCUCAAAGAUUAUUAGGAUAGAGUAAGUGAUUUAAUUAGAAAAAAUGAAGAAUUGAAACAUGAAAAACAUGAAAUUCAAAUGGCGUAUGAUAGUUUAUAAAGAUAAUUAUAAGCAUAUAAAUCUAAUGAAAAAGGAUUUCUUCAUAAAGUAGAACUUAAAAAAUUUGAAGAAAAUGCUGCUCUUUUAACAAAUGUUUAAGAUCUUAAAAUAAAACUAGAUUUAAAAGAUUAACAAAUAAAAAAAUAAGAAAAGAAAAUAGAAUUCUUAGAAAUGGAAAAAGAGUAAGUACUAUAAGAAUAUAAUAAUUAUAAAUCUAAAUAUCCACCUAUGAAAAUGAAUGAUUUUGAAAAAUAAAUUCAUGCUUUAAAAAUUUAAUUAGAUGAAAAAGAUAAAUAAUACUCUAGAAGCAUUGAUGAUAUAGAAAGUAAUAAAAGUAUAAGAGAAGAAUAAAUGAGUAGAAGAAUUUAAGAUUUAAUUGGAAAAUGUAAUGAAUACUAAUAACUUAUUGAAUAAUUAACUCAAGAUUAUAAAGAUUUAAGUCUUAAAUAUUAAUAAGUCAAAAUUAAAUUAGAUUAUGAAGAAAGAUAACAUAGAUAUAUAAAUAGAAAACUUAGUUAAGGUGAAACUGAACUAAAAUAAGGAUAUAAGGAACAGAAAACAGUUACAAAAUUGAAUAUUGAUCAAAUGUCACCUCCAUUAACUAGUCCAAGAAUAGAAAAUAGUUUAAGAUAAAGUUAAUUAAAAUAAGCUAUAAGAGAAUGUUUAGAAGAUAUGAAAACUACAUAAAAUUUUAAUUUUUGCAGUCCUGAUAGAAAAUCUGAAAACAAAAAAUAACCAUUACUUUCACCUUUAUCAACUACUCGUUAAUUUGAAAUUGAAACUAAACUUAAAGGACUUAAUGAAAAAUAUGAAAAUUUAAUUAGAUAAGCUUAAAAAGAAAAUGAUUUGAAUUGUAAAGCUGUAAUAAGAAAAUAAUUGCUUGAAAUUGCAGAAUAAAUUAAAGAAACUACUAAAUUUGAAAAAAUAUGA